CCCCGGGGACUGCCAUGAACACCACGGGGUCCCCGGCGGAGGCCCCCGAGGCCUGCCAGCAGCUGGCCGCCAGUGGGCACAGCCAGCUCAUUGUCCUGCACUACAAUCACUCAGGCCGGCUGCUGGGCCGGGCCGGGCCCGAGGACGGGGGCCUGGGGGUGCUGCGGGGGCUCUUUGUGGCCGUGAGCUCCCUGGUGGUGCUGGAGAACCUUCUGGUGCUGGCGGCCAUCGUGACCCGCAUGCGGUCCAGGCGUUGGGUCUACUACUGCCUGGUCAACAUCACGCUGAGCGACCUGCUCACCGGCUUGGCCUACCUGGUCAAUGUCCUGUUGUCGGGGCCCCAGACCUUCCACCUGGCGCCGGCCUCUUGGUUUCUGCGGGAAGGUGUGCUCUUCAUGUCCCUGGCCGCCUCCACCUUUAGCCUGCUCUUUACCGCCGGCGAGCGCUUCGCCACCAUGGUGCGGCCGGUGGCUGAGAGCGGGAACACGAAGAGGGGCCGCGUGCUGGGCUUCAUCGGGCUCUGCUGGCUGCUGGCCGCCCUGCUGGGCCUGUUGCCCCUGCUCGGCUGGAACUGCGUGUGCGCCUUCCAGAGCUGCUCCAGCCUGCUGCCGCUCUACUCCAAGGCCUACAUCCUCUUCUGCGUGGUCAUCUUCGCCUGCAUCCUGGCCACCAUCACGGUUCUCUACGGGGCCAUCUUCCGGGUGGUGCGGGCCAACGGGCAGAAGGCCUCGCGGCACCCGGUCCGUCGAAAGGCCCGCCGGCUGCUCAACACGGUGCUCAUGAUCCUGGUGGCCUUCGUGGUGUGCUGGGGUCCGCUCUUCGGCCUGCUGCUGGCUGACAUCUUCGGCUCCAACGUCUGGGCACAGGAGUACCUGCGGGGCAUGGACUGGAUCCUGGCGCUGGCCGUGCUGAACUCGGCCAUCAACCCGCUCAUCUACUCCUUCCGCAGCCGGGAGGUGUGCCGGGCCGUGCUGGGCUUCCUCUGCUGCGGCUGCCUCAGGCUGGGCCUGCGAGGGCCCGGGGACUGUCUGGCCCGGGCUGCUGAAGCCCACUCCGGAGCCUCCACCACGGACAGCUCGCUGAGGCCCAGGGACAGCUUUCGGGGCUCUCGGUCACUCAGCUUUCGGAUGCGGGAGCCCCUGACCAGCAUCUCCAGUGUGAGGAGCGUCUGAGCCACGGCCAGAGAGGCUGGUCCAGCCGCCGGUGCGUGUCCACGCAGGCCCUUCCCCCGGCCUGGAGGAGGCCCAGGAGGGGCGGGCCAUGUGCCUAGCAGCGUGCAGGGGGCGGCAGGCGGGCCGGAUGGACAGGUGGGAGCAGGGCAGCCGGCCAGGUAGCCUGAGGCCCUGUGGUCCUCCCCGCAGCCCCCAGGUCUGCCGACGCCAAGCGGGUGUGUCAGGAUCUCCUCAGAGGAACAGAGAGCGCCCUGGCAUGGGGACAGGUGGGCUUGCCCUGUACGCCUUGGCUCCUGUGAUUCUGGGAAGUCCCGGCCCCUCCCUGGGCCUCAGCGGGGCUCCCAGGUGGCGGGGGGCAGGCUGUGGGGGCGAUGCCCUGGCAACAUGGAAGUUCAGCGGUGGUACGAGAUGUCUCAGCCUCCCCCUCAUUCAUGCGUGUGCAAAGGGGCGAUGGCACCGGGGUUGUGGGUUUGCUGGGAGCAUGCGAGGAGGCGUGUCCGUGAGGACAGGUGGCGUGUGCGUGUGCAUGUGUGUGUG